UCUUUUAACCUAUUUGUAAAGUCUAAACUAUUCCAUAAUUUCUCUCAUAUAAUAAAAUUAAUAAUUAAUUGUGUUCUUUCUUCUCAGAAAGUUUAUAGUGUCAGCAGGACAAUUCAUAUCCCUUCGAAGGGAAAGGCUAUUGCUUUUUGUUUGCUUUAGUAAAAACUCAAUGAUUUGAGAAUUUGAAUAAAAACAAAAACCGAUAUACAAAGAGAGUUCAUCAUAUAUCGUUUAAUGGAAGACGAGAAAGCCAGAAGCAAGUUCAAAAGGUUGUGUGUUUUCUGUGGAAGCAACUCUGGACAUAGGCAAGUCUUCAGCGAUGCUGCUCUUGAAUUGGGCAAUGAACUGGUUAAGAGGAAGAUAGACUUGGUGUAUGGAGGGGGAAGUGUUGGGUUGAUGGGUUUGAUAUCCAAGACAGUAUAUGAUGGAGGCUGUCAUGUUCUUGGGAUAAUUCCAAAAGCUCUCAUGCCUCUUGAGAUAGGUUGGCUGUUAAUGCAUAGUUUCUGGAAAAGACAGAUAUCAGGAGAAACAGUUGGGGAAGUAAGAACCGUUUUAGACAUGCAUGAGCGCAAAGCUGCAAUGGCCCGAGAAUCCGACGCCUUUGUUGCUCUUCCUGGUGGAUAUGGAACUAUGGAAGAGUUGUUGGAGAUGAUAACAUGGUCCCAGCUUGGAAUACAUAAGAAAACUGUUGGUUUGCUAAAUGUUGAUGGUUACUACAAUAAUUUGCUUGCUUUAUUUGACAACGGGGUUAAAGAGGGAUUCAUCAAGCCAAGUGCUAGGCAUAUAAUUGUCUCUGCUCCAACAGCCAAAGAACUCAUGGUGAAGAUGGAGCAAUACACACCUUGCCAUGAACAUGUGGCUCCUCAAGAAAGCUGGCAGAUGGAGCAACUUGGUGAUUAUCCCAAUCAACUAAAUGCGCAAUGAAGCUUUGUUGGUAGGUUUCUACCUCUUUGAUUCCUGAUGUGAAUCAUAAUCAUAGACAACUCUCUUUGGAUGGACCACAUGUUGGUCGUUUACCAGUGUACUUUUAUCACCAUAAAAAAGGGAUUUGAUCCUAUUAAAAUCAGCUUAGCUGUUUUACAGAUAUGCAUUGAUUUAUGGCCAACUAAGUUGCCAUAAAUGUUUUCUCUACUCCUAUUAAGCUGUUUCUAUUACUAAUUACUACAUAUUGAAGACAAAAGUGCUUUGCAAUGCAAAAAAGUUCAUUCAGAA